AUGGGCAUUCUCUCAAUAUCUUUACUUCUCACUCUGGCACUGGGCAUCCACGCCCAGCCAGAGAAAAGAUAUGCCAUUGUGGACAACGACUGGUCUGCAAUCAGCUUCAUACCUUUUCUCCUCGCCCUCGAUGGAGGCAUGGAAGUUCUGGGAUUAGUUUCUGACACCGCCAACACCUGGCAACGCCAAUGCGCCUACCACGCCCUCGCCAACCUCGAAGUCGGCAACCUCACCUGCAUCCCCGUCUACGAAGGCGCCACCUACCCACUCAUCAACACGCCUGAACGUUUCCAAGCCUGGGAAGCCAUCCACGGGAUCAUUCCCUGGCAAGGCGCGUUUGCACCGGAAAACCGCACUUUCGAAGAAGCAGGAAAUGGCCCGACAUCUGGUAAUCCGAACCGGAUUGUCAAAGCGGCCUUUGUAGAGGGGUAUCCCACAACGGCUGUGAGCAAGUCGACGAAUGCAGCUGCGUUCAUGGUGGAUAUGGUGAGGAAGUACCCAGGGCAGGUAUCGAUCUACUCGGCUGGCGCGUUGACGAAUGUUGCGCUGGCUGUGCGGAUGGAUGCGCAGUUUGCGUCGUUGGCGAAGGAGUUGGUCAUUAUGGGUGGGUAUGUGGAUGUGAAUAUGCUGCAGGUGACGGGGGAUUUUAUGCAAGCUGAUAUAAAUUCGGAUAUAAACCUGAUGAUCGACCCCGAAGCCGCAAAGAUCGCAUUAACAGCCUCUUUUCCCAAUAUCACCAUCGCUGGAAACGUCGCGAACCAAGUCCAAUCAACGCAGGAGUUUCUGGAUGAAGUAUAUCAAGUCAAGAAUCCAUAUACGAAGCUCUUCCACGAUCACUACGGGACUGAAUUUCCAUUCUGGGAUGAGACUGCUGCUGCGUUGAUGGUUGAUCCUUCUAUUGCUAUCAAUACUACUACAGCCUAUCUCGACGUGGACGUGGCAUUCGGAAGCCCGAAUUACGGCAACAUCCACGUUUAUCAGAAAUCGCUGAUGCCCCCGAAUAUCCGCAACGUGACGUAUGUGAAUGAGAUUGAUGGAGAGAAACUCAAAGCGAUGAUGAAGCAUGCAAUGCAGCAUCCAAAGAGCUGCUAA